ACGGCCCCAGCAUGCGCCUUCUUCGGCUUCGUGGCAGAAUACCUGGCUGCUUGAGCGCAAGCAGCCAAGGACGUACUCUACCCGCUUCCCUCGCAGCCUGCCCGCGUAUAUUUGCACCUCGGCGCUCUUUCACAGUUGCAAGGACUUCAUGUGCAGCCCAUUCCCCCGUUUUAACCGCCGACCGCUAUCCACACUUGAAGCGUGACACACGAUACAAGGCUCUCACAGAUGAAGAUAUUGCGUUCUUCAAAAGUGUAAUCAAGUCAGACGCGGGGGUGAUAACCGCAGAUCGUCCCGACGAAUUGGAGCCCUUCAAUGAGGACUGGAUGCGGAGAUUCAGAGGGCAAUCAAAGGUUGUUCUUCGCCCAAAAACAGCCGCUGAAGUGGCGGCGCUCCUCAAGUAUUGCAAUGAGCACCGUCUGGCGGUGGUACCUCAAGGAGGCAAUACUGGCCUGGUGGGAGGAAGUGUACCUGUCCAUGAUGAGAUUGUUCUUAGUUUGCAGAACAUGAACGAAAUUAGGAGCUUUGAUGAAGUGUCUGGGAUCUUGACAUGCGAUGCUGGUUGCGUGCUGGAAGUGCUGGAUAAUUGGUUGGCUGAGCGAGGUUACAUGAUGCCUCUUGACUUGGGAGCAAAGGGGAGCUGUCAGAUAGGCGGUAACGUUGCGACAAACGCAGGAGGUCUGCGUCUAUUGCGGUAUGGGAGCUUGCAUGGCACAGUACUAUCAAUGGAAGUCGUACUGCCAGAUGGUCGGAUAGUGGAGCUGGGACAGCCGCUGAGAAAGGAUAAUACCGGCUACGAUUUAAAGCAAUUGUUCAUUGGAUCUGAAGGCACGUUGGGUAUCAUUACUGCCGUUUCCAUAUUAACACCUCGAAGGCCGAAAGCGGUGAACGUUGCAAUGUUGGGAGUCAGCACAUUUGAAGGCGUCCAAGAGGUGUUCAAACACGCUAAAGGCGAGCUGAACGAGAUCCUCUCUGCUUUUGAAUUCUUUGAUCAUACAUGCUUGAACCUGGUUAAACACCAUAUUCCGAACGUCCGCGAACCCUUCACCACCCAAACGCCCUUCUACGUCCUCAUAGAGACAAACGGAUCCAACAAGGACCAUGAUGAUGAGAAGCUUGCCGUGUUCUUAGAAAACCUUAUGACGGAAGGGGUGGUGGAAGAUGGUGCUCUGGCGCAAGAUUCGACGCAAGCUGCUGGGAUGUGGAGCAUUCGAGAAACGAUUACAGAGUCACUAGCCAAGGAAGGAGGCAACUACAAGUACGAUCUAAGUGUUCCUGUUCCUCACCUGUACAGUGUUGUGGAGGAGAUGCAAGAGCGGCUCGCCUCUGUUGGACUAUUUGACAAGAAUGGAUCUGCGACAGGCCGAGUGAAGCAUGUGGUUGGGUUUGGUCACAUGGGAGAUGGCAACCUACAUUUGAACCUGACCUCUACGGGAUGGGCAAAGGACAUUGACGAGGCUAUUGAACCAUUCCUCUACGAAAUCAUCCAAAAGCAUGGAGGUUCCAUCUCUGCUGAGCAUGGAUUGGGGCUGAUGAAGGCGCCGUACCUUCAAUACUCCAAGAGCGAAGCUUUCAUUGAAUUGAUGAGGAGCAUGAAAUCAGUGUUUGAUCCAAACGGCAUUCUGAAUCCAUACAAGUACUUUCCACCUCUAAGUAAAUAGAUACUACAAAUCAUGGGGAUCUGUAUGUAGAGUGUGAUAAUCGCAUGUCCAAUGAGGUUCUUCGUCUAUUGCAAGUCAUGAAACAUGUGACUGGAAGUCAGCCCAAUUAUUAUCAGGACUUCGCGGAAUUACUGCCACCUGGUGUGCGACAUAAAGUUGAAUAUCGAUGUUGAAGCAGAAGCAUUAUCUGCCUGAUUCUCAUAACAUCUGGCCUUGUGUGCCGGUACCAGGCACGCCGAUAAAUGUCGAAAAGUCAAUUGGAGCUCUCCAUUCGGAUAGUAAAUAGAAUGCUUAGAUGCAGUCAAAAUUGCGGUGUUAAUACCCUUAGAAUAUUUUAUCAGAAGGAGAUUUAAACAGGAGUUAUUGUACGCAUUCGAAUAUAAUUAUAUUAUGAAA